AUCGCCAACUUGACGACGUUCGUGAACGGCGGGCACCUGAGCGAGAUCUUGGGGAACUACGGCGUCGUCGUCCGCGCGGAGAUCGCGUUCGAUCGCACGGAGAACAAACCGACGGGAUUCGCGUUCGCGGAGAUGGGCUCGGCGCGCGACGCGUCGAACGCGAUCGCGCACAUGGACGGCGGGAUGAUCGACGGCGGCGAGGUCACGCUCACGUUCGCGUCCGAGAAG